AGUUUUCUUACCUUAAAAAAGUUUGCAUCCCACCAUACCUAAAUACACACAGCUUCUCACAUUUAAUAUAAAUCUGCUGAUUCCGACCUCACUACAGUGGAUACCCCUCUCGUGUUCCGCUGCAGGACGUCCGGUGAGCGAGAUUCAGACCGUGUUUCAGAAUAGAAGGUGCAGGAGAUUACAAUUUGGUACAAGUCACAAUGAGUGCACGCGGCGAGGAAGCCGGCGAAGCUUCAGGAUCCCAGGAGCAGCCCCCACCAGCACAGCCGAGGAGAGGACCGGGCAGACCGAGGAAGCCACAGCAAGAACCCACGGGUGAGCCUGUCCCCAAACGACCGAGGGGACGCCCGAAAGGAAGCAAGAACAAGGGCCCCUCCAAGGCAGCACAGAAGAAAGCUGAGGCCACUGGAGAGAAGAGACCAAGAGGAAGACCCAGGAAAUGGCCACAGCAAGUGGUCCAGGAAAAGCCUGCUCAGGAAGAAGAAGAAGAGGCGGAGGAGUCAACAGAAGAUGACUAGGCAACCACAGCAUUCUACCUCUACCUCAUUCAGCUGUCAGCUCUUUCCAAGGGAAAAGACU